AUGAGAGCAGCUCAGACUGCUGCUGCCUCAGCAUCACAGACACAGACACAGCCUCGUAUGAAAAAAUUCCAGAUUUACAGAUUUGACCCUGAUAGUCCAGGUGCUAAGCCCAGUAUGCAGACGUAUGAAAUAGAUUUAAAUCACUGUGGUCCAAUGGUUUUAGAUGCUCUAAUUAAGAUUAAAACUGAUGAUGAUCCUACUCUCACAUUUCGUCGUUCCUGUAGAGAAGGCAUCUGUGGCUCUUGCUCUAUGAAUAUCAAUGGUACCAAUACAUUAGCUUGCAUUAAUAAAAUUGACAGUAAUACAAGUAAAGUGACCAAAAUUUAUCCUUUACCUCAUAUGUAUGUUGUUAAAGAUCUAGUUCCAGAUAUGAGUAAUUUCUAUGCCCAAUAUAGAUCUAUUGAACCAUUUCUAAAGAAGAAAGACACUGGUGAAAGUGAUAUUGGUAAAACACAGUAUUUACAGUCUACAUCUGAUAGAGCAAAGUUGGAUGGUCUAUAUGAGUGUAUUCUAUGUGCAUGUUGUAGUACAGCCUGUCCUAGCUAUUGGUGGAACUCAGAUAAAUAUUUAGGACCUGCUGUUCUUAUGCAGGCGUACAGGUGGAUGAUAGACUCUAGAGAUGAUUUUACUGAUGAAAGAUUAUCCAAGAUGGAAGACAAGUUCUCUGUUUAUAGAUGUCAUACUAUCAUGAAUUGUACCAAGACUUGCCCCAAGGGAUUGAACCCAGGAAGAGCUAUUGGUGAAAUUAAGAAGAUGAUGUUGGACUAUAAUAAGGAGGCUGGUGCUAAACAAGCUUAG